CUCGUCGCAGUGAACUCCAACUGAAAUCAUGCCUGAACCCGCCAAGUCUGCGCCCAAGAAGGGCUCGAAGAAAGCCGUGACCAAGACCGCCGGCAAAGGAGGCAAGAAGAAGAGGAAGACCAGGAAGGAGAGCUACGCCAUCUACGUGUACAAGGUGCUGAAGCAGGUCCACCCUGACACCGGCAUCUCGUCCAAGGCCAUGAGCAUCAUGAACUCGUUCGUCAACGACAUCUUCGAGCGCAUCGCCUCCGAGGCCUCCCGCCUGGCUCACUACAACAAGAGGUCCACCAUCACCUCCAGGGAGAUCCAGACCGCCGUGCGCCUCCUGCUGCCCGGUGAGCUGGCCAAGCACGCCGUGUCUGAGGGAACCAAGGCUGUCACCAAGUACACGAGCUCCAAGUAAACCUGCUCCUCCAUUAACAUCAAACACAAAGGCUCUUUUAAGAGCCACCCA